AUGAUGGUGGUAUCUGCUCGCUUGUAUGCCGCCUCCAGGAGCGUUGAGGCGCUCUGGAAUCGGAGCAAGGCGCUGGGGAUCGGUCGGAGCCCCGACCAUGAGUUGGGGCGCGCGCCUCUGCUGCUCCAGGCGUUCGCCAUCCAGCCCAUCAAUGGCGACCCCUACAUCGGCAUGCUGGAGACCCCCGUGACCUCCUCCCCGCUGGUGGCGGGCUUCCUCUCCAACCUCCCUGCCUACCGUAUCGGGGUGUCCCCCCUGCAGCGCGGCGUGGAGAUCGGUCUGACCCAUGGCUUCUUCCUGGUCGGGCCCUUCAUCAAGCUCGGACCCCUGCGCAACAUCCCCGGCGUCGCAGAGCAGGCCGGGAGCCUCUCUGGAGCAGGCCUGGUCCUCAUCCUCGCCGUCUGCCUGUCCAUCUACGGCAAGUCCACCUUCCAGGGUGACGGCCCAGAGGUCGGGGUCAAGACGCUGUCAGGGCGCAGCAUCAGCCGCGACCCCCUGCAGAGCGCCGAUGGGUGGGACAACUUCGCGGCCGGCUGGCUGGUGGGCGGUCUGUCUGGCGUCGGCUGGGCAUACGUGUGCACCCAGAUCCUCCCUUUCUACCGCUGA